AUGAUCAGCAAUUCUGCCAGCUUGUUAAUACUGAUACUACGGAAUGCCCUGGUUGAGGCUGCAGGUCAGACACCACCGAAGGGUUAUAGGUAUGCCUCUUAUGAAGUGACCACUCCUAGAAAACUGACAUAUGGUUAUGGACAACAAGAACCCAGUGAUGUCACCUACCUGCUGCAGAUUGAGGGGCAGGGUCAUGUGGUGCAGCUGAAGCAAAAGAGGGGUAUUGUCCCUAAACAACUCCCUGUCAUCACUUACAGUAAGGAGGGGGACCCCCAGAUGGACUAUCCUUUCAUCAGAGAUGACUGCUUCUACCAUGGCUUUGUACAAGGCAAGCCUUCCUCUUGGGUUACCCUCAGCACUUGUUCAGGGUGGCUGAGGGGUGUGCUGCACUUUGAAAAUAACACCUAUGAAAUUGAACCUGUUCAGGUAUCUUCUGCUUCUCAACAUGUGGUGUAUAGGCUGGAAGAAAAGGAUGGGGCUAUCCGCAUGAGGUGUGGGUUAACAGAAGAAGAGCAAAGCCAUCAGCUGGCCAUGAUGCAAACCACAAGGAAUAUAUUGACCCACAGUGCUGCUGGUGAAGGCUGGUGGGGACACACUAGGUAUGUGGAGGUUGCAAUUGUGGUAGAACAUGAACGAUAUGUCAAGUUUGGCAGAAAUGAAAGUCGUAUUGUUAUGCAAGUUCUGGAUGUCCUCCACACUGCCAAUGCACUAUAUGAGCCAUUUUCUGUUGAAUUGUCUAUAUCUGCACUGGAGAUAUGGUCAGAAAGGAACCUCAUUCAAGUUACUAACAGUAUAAAUGACACACUUAGGAGUUUCUCACGUUGGAGAACAGCCUCACUAGUUAAACAUAUAAAGAAUGAUGCUGCUCACUUAUUUGUAUAUAAGAGUUUUGGAAGUACACUUGGAUUAGCAUACAUUGGCACAGUUUGUAGUACCCUUUGGGCAUCUGGUGUUGAAUCCUAUAUGACUUCCAGUUUGUUCCAUAUUUCUAAUACAUUUGCCCAUGAAUUAGGACAUAAUCUUGGCAUGCAACAUGAUGGAAGAUACUGUACUUGUGAUCGACAUGCCUGCAUUAUGGCUGCAGAUCAAGCUAACGCUGAUAAAUUUAGUAAUUGCAGUUAUAAAGAUUAUUACAAAAUAAGGAACUCUCAUUGCUUGUUAAUUCCACCAGACCCUUAUAGAAUGCAGAAAAUCACAUCUUGUGGCAACAAAGUAGUGGAAAAUGGAGAACAAUGUGACUGUGGUUCAAAACGUGAAUGUAAGUCUGAUCCAUGUUGCCGAUCUAAUUGUAUGCUGCGUUCUGCUGCUACUUGUGCUUUUGGACUUUGCUGUGCUAAGUGUCAGUAUCGUCCAGUUCAUUCUGUUUGCAGACAGAAUGUUGGCCGCUGUGAUCUUCCUGAAUACUGCAAUGGGACUUCAGAAUGGUGUCCUGAAGAUGUGUAUGUACAAGAUGGUGCUCCAUGCGGGGAUGGUGCAUACUGUUACCAUGGGAAUUGCACAACCCAUAACAGACAGUGCAGAAUGAUAUUUGGCAAGAAAGCAACAGCUGCUUCAGAGGUUUGCUUCAAAGAGAUGAAUGCCCGAGGUGAUCGCUUUGGCAACUGUGGCCUUAGACAUGGCACUUAUAAGAAAUGUAAUGCUACCAAUAGCUUGUGUGGUCGAAUUCAGUGUGAUAACAUUACUAAGUUACCUUCUUUGAAACAACACAGCACAAUAUUUCAAAUACCCAUUGGCAAUAGGAAAUGCUGGGGUACGGACUACCACAUUGGAAUGGAGAUACCUGAUAUUGGAGCAGUGAGAGAUGGGACUCCUUGUGGCAAGAGGAUGAUGUGUAUUAAUGGGGAGUGCAAGAGUGUGUCCCUCUUGAAAUAUGAUUGUAAUGUGACAAAAUGCCAUAAUCGGGGAAGAUGCAACACUUACAAACAUUGUCAUUGUGAUUAUGGCUGGGCUCCUCCAGAUUGUCUCAAUGAAGGCUAUGGUGGCAGUAUUGACAGUGGCCCCCCUCCACCACGCAGGAUUGGCUACAAAGUAGGGAUUUUUAUAGGAAUUGUAUCUAUCCUUUUCCUUCUGUUGGUGUUGGUUUAA